AUGCGACAGGACUCUGCGCAGCCGUCCGUUGCGGAUGUCAACGAGGAUGUGAAGAUGGAAACAGAGACUGGAAACGAUGGACAGAGCGAGGCUGUAGAGAAUGAGGAGGAUAUGGAUGUCAAGACGAAGGCACUCAUGCAUCUGCUGAAUACUAGCGAGGUUUUCGUCGCAAUAAUGGCUGAGAAGAUGAAGAAGCAGCAGGAGGAGGCGAGACUGGAAGCGGCGAAAAAGCAGGAACAGCAGCAAAAGGAACAGCAGGCCGAUACAUCGGAGGAAAGUAGAAAGGCAUCCGCGCAACCGACUGAAAGGAGAGGGACUCGAGCGAGUACGCGACAAGCAGCAGCUGCAGAGGCUACCGAUAAUAAUGAAAAGAAGGAAGAGCCGGCAAAGUCGAAGCGAGGGAGGGGGCGAAAGGCACCCGCUAAGGGCAAUACUAUCUCCAACUACUUCAAGAAGGCGGAUUUGAAUGUCGACGAGGCCAAAAACACCACUGUUCAGGAGGCGCUUGAGCAUGCCGCGGAUGAGUUCGAAGCCAAACCGACAGUUCUCGGUGAGCAGGAGCUUGUUGCCACGCAGCAGCCUGCCCCUGUUACCGGGGGUAAGAUGAGGAAGUAUCAGCUCGAAGGACUUGAGUGGCUCAAGUCCCUAUGGAUGAACGGUCUAUGUGGUAUCUUGGCGGAUGAGAUGGGUCUUGGGAAGACGGUACAGGCCAUAUCCUUGAUUGCCUUCUUCAAAGAACAUAAUGUCUCUGGACCGUUCCUUAUAUCGGCUCCGCUGAGUACGGUAAGCAAUUGGGUGGAUGAGUUCGCUAGGUGGACACCUGGAAUCAAAACAGUGCUGUACCACGGCACCAGAGACGAACGGGCACAGCUCAGGAAGAAGUUCAUGAACCUCAGAGACCAGAAAAGUCCGGAUUUCCCCGUCGUUUGUACGUCGUACGAGAUCUGCAUGAAUGACCGCAAGUUCCUCGCCCAAUAUCAGUGGCGAUAUAUCAUUGUGGACGAAGGACACCGCUUGAAGAAUAUGAAUUGCCGGCUCAUCAAGGAACUGCUGUCCUACAAUUCGGCCAACAGGCUCCUCAUCACCGGGACUCCUCUGCAGAACAACAUUACCGAACUAUGGUCACUCCUGCAUUUCCUGCUUCCUGAAAUCUUCAACGAUCUCAACAGCUUCCAGAAUUGGUUCGAUUUCUCGUCCGUAUUGGACAACAAUGGUCAGACAGAUAUGAUCGAGCGUCGGAAGCGGACUCUAGUCUCGACUAUGCACUCGAUUUUAAAGCCAUUUUUACUCCGGCGUGUUAAGACAGAUGUCGAGUCUGCUCUACCGAAGAAACGAGAGUACAUCCUCUAUGCACCGUUGACUCUCGAGCAGAAGGACUUAUACCGAGAGAUCCUCAACGGCACGGGUCGUCAGUACCUUGAGGAGAAGGCAACAGAGCGUUUGAUGGCGAAGAACGGAAUGAUCUCGCGCCCAAGGAGCCUAAAGCGCAGUGCAAGUAGCAGCGUCGUCUCAACACCUAAUAAGAGCGUCCGGUCAAGCCGUGAUUCUACCCCUGGCAGUCGAGCCAGCUCUACGCGUAGACGCAAGGCACCGCAGACCUACAAGGACAUCAGCGAUCGUGAAUUCAACUCAAAACUACGAAAGCUAGAGCAAGGCCUCGAGGAAGAUUUGGACAUUGAAGAGAGCAUUGACGAGUCCGAACAAGAAGAGAUCGAGAGAGCAAACACCAUUAAGCUUGCCAAGCGCGAAAUUGCCCAAAAGAAAAUGCAAAACCCAGUAAUGCAAGCCCGACUCGCCUGCAACUCCCCCCACAACUUCUACUGGCCUUGGGCCGAAGAUCCCUCCAGCAUAGACGAGACCCUCGUCACAGCCUCGGGCAAAAUGCUCCUUCUCGACCGCUUGAUCCCCUGUUUGCUAAACAAAGGCCACAAAAUUCUCAUCUUCUCGCAAUUCAAGACACAGCUCGACAUCCUCCAGGAUUGGGCCACACACCUCCGCUCCUGGAACUGCUGCCGCAUCGACGGCGCAAUUAGUCAGGCAGACCGCCAAGCCCAAAUCAAAGCUUUCAACACAGAUAAAGAUUACAAAAUCUUCCUCCUUAGUACCCGCGCCGGGGGACAAGGAAUUAAUCUCGUGGCAGCGGAUACAGUCAUCCUCUUUGACUCGGACUGGAACCCGCAGCAAGACUUGCAAGCUCAGGAUCGCGCUCACCGAAUUGGCCAGACGAAACCGGUUAUCGUCUACCGUUUAGCAACUAAGGGAACAGUUGAGCAGACACUACUUGAAAAAGCCGAUUCGAAGCGCCGUCUCGAGCGUCUCGUUAUUCAAAAGGGCAAAUUCAAAUCCCUGCUUAGUGAGUCGACGAUGUCGCGAGACGAUGUUGACGAGCUGAAAAGGGCGCUCGGUGAGGAUGAGUUCGAGCGUUUCGAGGCCAGUGCGGACCCGGCGUCUAUAUUGUCGGAUGAGGACCUAAGAGUUCUUACGGAUCGCAGCGAGGAGGCUUAUGCGCUGGCGGAGAAGGGGCUUGAUGUUGAUGGGAAGGCGUUCAAGGCUGUGGAGACGAAGAGAGAUGGGGAUAACCUUAUGGAUCAGCUGAAAAGAAAGUGA